AUGUCACAUGGGAAGUUGUCAUGGGAACAAUGGAGUAGCCAUUAUCAAGAUUUAUCCUCUACCAAGAAUAUGACGUCUCUGUCACCAAUUUCAAUGCAAGUCAGUGUAGAAAGAUGCUCCACUAUUGACAGAAACCCAUCACUUCAAAAACCUAAAACAUUCAAGUCCCUUCGACCACUGGCCAGAAGUAAAAGUUACGGCACCACGGCACAAUCGACCAAUGCAUCAAUUCCAAGUCGGUAUCAGACGUACUUCUUUGCCACUACAGAGAGGAAAGGUUUCAAUUCUCAGGCAGCCAGAUUUUCAACGGACAUUGAUAUCAAUGAGAACCCGGGUCCAGGAAAAUAUGAAGCUAACAGUAACACGUUUGAGACACAGAGUUCUUCAUUCUCCAAAAAAGGAACAGGUGGAUUUGCAUCCAAAUCUUACAGAUUCAGAUCUGCCAGGAAGAAGAUGCUUGGACCUGGUUCUUAUGAUCCUCGUCCAGUAGAGAAUCGUGUUGAUUUCAAUAAAACUGGUGCCAGUAGCAAUUUCAAGCUUCCCAUAGCCGUGAAGCAAGCAGACAAUGAUGGACUCAAUACUUCACCUGCCCCAAAUACGUAUAAUUUAUCUGGAGUUAACAAUGGAAAAACUGCUGAGUCGGUUUUCAAAUCAAAAACCAAACGAGAGAUUGUACCCUCCACAGCUGUUGACAAUCCGGGCCCUUGUCAGUACACAGUACAGGACAAUGCCCUCCACCCCUCUUCAUGUGCACACAAGUCAGUCUUCAACUCAAAGUCCAAUAGAGAUGCUCUCGGGAAAAUCACGAAAGGUCCAGGUCCUGCUGACUAUACGCCGGUUUUAAAUGAAGUUGGUGACACCUCAAAGUCUGGUCCUCCCAAGCCACUCCCAUACUAUCGCCAGAAGCACUACCUGUGUAUAUCAGCCCCGGCCAUGCCUCUCCCUCCACUUCCCCCUCUCCCUGGACCAGGACACUAUGAGACUCAGAGCCACAUACCUGGACCACAUGAGAAAAAGCUUGUGUCUGGGUCUGUGUUCAAGUCCACUACCAGUAGAUGGAUACCAUUUGGUACAGACAGAAUGGAUCAGCCGGGACCAGGAACUUACAACCCAAUGACUGUUAACAAACAAUCGUACAUGUACAAUAUCAACAAAAAAUGGAUUUAAUUAAUUUUUUUACAGUCAUUAUUUUCGUCAUUAUUUUCAUCAUCAUGUGCACAAACUUUCAUUUUUAUUGUCUUUAAAUAAGCAUUACAGAAAUAA